AGUGUUUUCUCUUUCUCUGUAGUCGUUGAAAGUGAAAACAUUACUUAGCCAAUGAUCUGUUUCCAUAUUCGUAUCUAAAGAAACUUCUCUCACUCGCUAAACGCCUAAACCACCGCUAAACCGGCGCACGAUCCUUCAUUGAUGGCUGGAUGAUCGAAACUUAAUUGUAAUCGACUUAUUAAUUCUUUUAUUAGCUUGCUGCAUAUUUGGCAUGUGGGCACGACAGAGUGAGACUAACUCUAUAUACAAGCGAAUGCCGUCGAGAGAUUAUGCAAACACAGUUGAUGUAGAAGAUAAUUCAGCUCUUGUUCAAGAAAAUCUGGAUCCGGAACCCACGAAUCCUUCAUGGAGGCUUUCUUUUCCCCAUGUACUGGUGGCAACCAUAUCAUCCUUCCUAUUUGGCUACCAUCUUGGUGUAGUGAAUGAACCACUUGAAAGCAUCUCAUUGGACCUUGGAUUCAAUGGAAAUACUUUGGCAGAAGGCCUAGUGGUCAGUACAUGCUUGGGCGGUGCGUUCAUCGGAUCGCUUUUCAGUGGAUGGAUUGCUGAUGGGAUUGGGCGGCGUAGAGCUUUUCAGUUGUGCGCUUUGCCCAUGAUUAUUGGUGCUGCUAUAAGUGCAACAACAACAACUCUGGCUGGUAUGCUUUUUGGAAGGUUAUUAGUUGGGACAGGAAUGGGCCUUGGUCCCCCUGUUGCAGCUCUUUAUGUGACAGAGGUUUCUCCUGCUUUCGUAAGGGGAACUUAUGGAAGUUUUAUCCAGAUUGCAACCUGUCUUGGACUUAUGGGGGCUCUAUUCAUUGGAAUUCCUGUCAGAGAUAUUGCAGGCUGGUGGCGCAUCUGUUUCUGGGUGUCCGCAAUUCCCGCUGGAAUACUUGCUUUUGCCAUGAUGUUUUGUGCCGAAAGUCCCCAUUGGCUGUAUAAGCAAGGAAGAAGUUCUGAAGCUGAAAUUGAAUUUGAGAAGCUUUUAGGUGGGGCACAUGUCAAAUUUGCAAUGCACGAAUUAUCCAAAUUAGACAGAGGGGAUGAAACGGAUACCGUGAAGAUCACUGAAUUGAUUUAUGGUCGCCAUUUUAGAGUUGUUUUUAUUGGGUCAACCCUAUUUGCUUUACAACAGCUAUCUGGUAUAAAUGCUGUGUUUUAUUUCUCUUCAACUGUGUUUAAAAGCGUGGGAGUACCAUCAGACCUAGCAAACGUCUUUGUGGGAAUUGCAAAUCUUUUAGGAUCUGUUACUGCAAUGCUGUUGAUGGAUAAACUAGGAAGGAAGGUGUUGCUUCUGGGGAGCUUUUUUGGAAUGGCUGUUUCCAUGGGCCUUCAAGUUGCUGGAGCAAGUCCGUAUAUGUCAGGAUCUGGAGCUUUAUACCUAUCUGUUGGUGGCAUGCUGAUGUUCGUCUUUACAUUUGCUUUAGGAGCUGGGCCAGUACCAGGUCUCCUCCUCCCAGAAAUAUUCCCCAGUCGAAUCAGGGCAAAAGCUAUGGCAGUCUGCAUGUCAGUGCAUUGGGUGAUCAAUUUCUUUGUGGGAUUGUUAUUUUUGCGUUUGCUGGAGCAACUAGGACCCCAACUCCUGUACACUAUUUUUGCCACAUUUUGCUUGAUGGCAGUGGUUUUUGUGAAAAGGAAUGUUAUGGAGACGAAAGGAAAAUCACUUCAAGAAAUCGAGAUUGCACUUCUUCCCCAGGAAUAGGGAUUUCACCUAUGAUGAAUAUGUCGCCUGAUGGAUUAUAUACUUGCAAGCAAAGUGGAAGUUUAGUUGAAGCAUCAAUCUCCUAAUUUUGGAGCAAAGAGUUCUUAUUGCAGCAAGCUGGACAUUGCAGACAGAAUGAGCCAGUGCUGCUUAAUGCUUAUGGAGUUCUACCAGAUAGACAUACAGACGUGUAGCCAAAUAAUAUAAAAAUUGGGAACUUUAGUUUUUUUUGUAUGGUGUACCUGCGACUAUGCCUUCUCCUAAAAUUUGCUUCUCUUUCAGAAGUUAAAUUUCCUUUUUGUUCAUAUUGUUCAUAAUUUACGAAGAUCAGCGUCAUUACGCUUCAAGUUUAGAC